GGUCCUCAACCCCCAAGUCCCACGCCAUCUGAGAUGGGCAUCGUCCCCUCCGUGGGACCCCAGCUUUAGUUGCACCCCAGCCCCCGGUGCCUGAGGAAGCUUCAGCCUCAGGUUCUCCGGCCACCAGAUGCGGAAGGCGGAGCGGCGGCUGUCUCAUCUGACCCAAGGCCUGGAGCUGGUGCGGCGUCUGGAGGUGGCGGCGGGGCUGCGGGCGGCGGCGCAGGACGCGGCGGGCGGGCGGCUGGUGCUGCUGGAGGCCGGGGGCCGCCGGCUGCUGGUGCACGGCGAGGACGGCUGGGCCCGGGGCAGCGCCCCGGCCCCGGUACAGCUGUCCGGGCUGGUGGCCCUGCCGCUGCCGCCCCAGGGCCUCUAUCACUUCGUGGGCUGGGGGCCGGCGGGGCUGGCCCUGCUGGGCCCGGACCUGCGGUUACUGUCGCUCAGCACGCUUCCCGCGGCCCGGGCCCUCUGCUGCUGCGCCCUGGUGCCCGAGUCCGGGCUACUGGUGGCCGGGGGCCCGGAAGGCCUGACGCUCUGGGAGCUCCGAGCGGGGGGCCGUCGGCUGGCUCUCCGCCGGCACCUAGAGCCGACCUCCUCCUCCUCCUCCGCCGACGGGCUCCCCGGACCCUUGGCCCGCCUGGCGUUGAAGCUGCCCGCCCCUCCCGGGGCCCUCCCUCUUUGCUUCGCCACUUACGGGUCGGCCUUGGCCACCUUCGACCUCGAGAAGGGGCUGAGGCUGGACGUGCGCAGGGAGCUGCAUAAGACCACCAUCUCGGAUGUGGCGUACUGCGAGGCGGCCGGCGCCGUGGUCACCGCGUCCCGGGACAGCACGGUCAAAGUGUGGGAGGCCCAGUGGCAGCUCCGGAAAGUCUUCGUGGGGCACAUGGGCCCGGUGACCGCCCUGGCCGUCCUGCCCUCGACGCCGCGGGUGCUGUCCGCCUCCCGAGACGGGACGCUGCGCACGUGGGACCUGGACGCCGGCGAACAGGUCGGGGAGGUGACGCUGCAGGCCGGGGCCGGGGCGGCCCACCCCGAGGUGACCCGGCUGCUGCCCCCGGCCCGGCCCGGGGCGCCGGUGGUGGCCCUGGGGCCGGCGUGGGUGGAGCUGUGGCGGCUGCGGGAGCUGUACGUGCCCUUGGCCGCCCUGCCCGCCCCGGUGCUGGCCCUGCAGGCCGCGCCCCCGAUCUGCGCCGCCCCGCGGGCCGCCUUCCCGCGGCGCCUGCUCUGCCUGUGCCGGGACCGGUCGGUGCGGCUGCUGGCCGCCCCGUCCGGCCGGCCAGUGGCCGCCCUGCAGCUCGACGACGGCCCCGCGGGCUCCCCCGCGGCCGCGGCCUACUGCCUGGUCCGAGAGACCCUGCUCGUUCUGACGGGCGGCGGCGGCCUGCUGAGGGUCAACGUGGCGGUCAGCCCCGUGCAGGUGGUGCAGCGCGUCGCCCCGCCUCCGGCCCCGGCCCCCCGGCCCUGCCGCCUCCACCUCUACCACCAUCUGCCCGACCCCGCCGCCGCCCAAGCCUCCUGGAGCGACGUCCGGCUCCGCGGGCGGGAGCUCAGGAGGCGCAGCUGUAAGCCCCUGAACUUCCAAGACAGGAAUCGGUUCCUGCCGGUGCUGGGCUAUGAGGACGGGUCGCUGAGCGUGCUGGACUGGCUCUCUGCCCGCCCGCUCUUCCACACGGCAGCUCACGGCCCCGGCCCCGUCAGCGUUCUGGCCUCCUGCGCCCAAACUCUCUUAUCCACCGGGGCAGACCUGACGGUGAAGAUGUGGCGGGUGUACCCGUACGCGGAGGAGAGCCUGACCCUUCUGCGCAGCUUCCCUUGCUGCCACCCAGCCGUGGGCCUCUGCCUGCUCGGGACCCAACUCACCGUGGCCUUCGAGGCGCCGGGCAGCGCCACGUACGGCCUCGUCCAGUACGGGCUGCAGGACGGGGCGCGGCGGGAUCACCGGCCCCAGGACGACCCCACCGAUCACAUCACCGGCCUGUGCUGCUGCCCAGCCCUCCGGAUCUACGCCUGCUCCAGCCUGGACCGCACCGUCCGGAUCUGGACGGCCCAGAACCAGCUGCUCAGGAUCCUGUAUCUGGAUACCGCGCCGCAGGAUAUGACCUUCUGCAAUGACAAGGGGGACCUGGUGCUGGCUUUAGGCUCCCACCUCUGCUUACUGCCCCACACGGUCUAUCUUCCCACGGCCUACUUGAUUAAGGUCACGUGCCAGCAGCAGCCGGAGUCCCCGGAAGAGCCGCCACCUCCGUCUUCCAGCGAGAAGGUGCUGACCCCUGCUCAUCACCCGCGCCCGAGCCCCGCGGCCUCAUCUUCCGGCCGGUUGCCUCAGGAGCCAGGGAGUCAGCCGGAGGGCGGAGAGGAGGAACCGAAGGAACUGGAGGACCGGGAGGCCUGCGCCCAUCUGGCCGCUCGGAACCAAGACCUACAGCUCCUGGCACAGGGUCAGGUGUCCCCCACGGUCUCCCCAGCUCCCCGCACUCGCCGGCUGCAGGACGAAGCCUUCCACAGCUACCUGGCCCUGCUGUAUGGUCCGGCGCUGCCCAUCCCGCCGCCUGGCCAUUCAGACCCCCCACUCCCACCCAAGGAGGGAUACAGGGCCCAGGGCUCAGGCUCUGUCUGGACCAUUCCGGAGUUCUGGGAACACCAUCUAGACCUUUUCCCAGCUGCCCCUCGCUCUGGCUCCCGAGGGCCACAGAUGUCGCUGACCAAAGCGGAGGGUCCAGAGGCCCUGGUCCCCAGAGUGGCCAUGCCUGACUGGGCCCAGAGCCCAGCCUCCACAGCUCUUGGGAAAAAGUCCCGUCAGUCCCGUCGCUCCCCGGGGAUGAAGGAUCUGGAACCCCCAGCCCUCCAGCUCCACAGCGCAGCUUCCCUGUUGCUGGCGAAGGGCUCUCUGUGCUCCAAGCUGGGUCUGUCCCUGGACCUGCAGCUGGCAGACAUGCCCCCCCCCGGCUCCUCCGAGUCCUCUGCCCACUCCGGGAUCCCGGGGCUCCUCGGCCGUCGAGCCCCCAGCACCGCAGUCCCCGUCCAGCGUGAGGCCUCCGCACCGACUCGGACGGAGCUCUCUCACAGCGGCCCAGGGUCCAGUCCCAGUCCUCCCGGGCUUCUUCCCAGCGGCCCGCCGGACCUACGGGGCCAGCUCAGCCCUCCAGGCCUCCCUGCUCCUCCCCAGAACAUCCUGUCCCUCAGCCUUGAGCCCAAGUCCGGCUUUGGGCCGUCGACCCUGUGCGGGUGGGCACGCCAGCCGGCACCCUGCAUCCUCCCUGGCUUCGUCCCUAACUCCGUGGUCCUGCAGCAGUUGUGGCCCCAGAAGGAGAUGGGGGGCCCGGGGAAGGCCACGGUCCUGGCACCCCUCGGCGCUCUCCAACGGCAGUAUGAGAUGGAGGAACAGCUGAGCAGGGAGCGGCAGCGGCGACUGCUCUAUCUGCGACCACGCCGCGGUGGAGAGGAGCAGGAGCAACCACAGCAGGAAGAGGAGGAAGAGGAAGAAGAGGAAGAGCAGGAGGAGGAGCAGGAGGAGGAGGACUACGAUAGCCUUGAAGAGUGGGAGCUGGACGUCUCGAGCACCACAUCCUUUUCCCAGACUCCCUCACGGCAGGGCUCCCUCUCCAGCCCCUCGUUGCCCUCCUUCCUGCUGCCUUACCUGGCCAGCGAGUGGUUCCAGAAACUCUUUCCCGGCUUCAGCCUCCAGGCGUUCCCGGAGGCCAGCUCCCUUUCGGGCCUGGUGAACCUGCUGCUGGGGACGUUGCCGGGGGCCGCCUGGGCCGAGGCCGCGGAUGUGCUGCAGGCGCUGCUGUUCCUGUUGCCCCAACUCUCGCUCGACCAGAGACGGGAGCUGCAGGACCUGCUGUUCAGCCUGCUCAAUCAGGAGCCCCCACCAGGCCUGCUGGCGGAGGAUGAAAAGAGGUUCGUUCUGCUGGCGCUGCACGUUCUGAUGGAGCUGGGAGAUGGCACGAAGGAGGUGGUGCUGGAGCUGAUGGCGUACUUCCUCUCUUCCCCCAUUACCCAGAGGGCGAUCCUGUGGGCCUUGCUGGGAGAACUCGGCCUGCGGGACCCACACGGCUUCCUGCGCCGGGAGAUGGAGGGCUGGGUGCAGGCCGAAGCCAACGCCAGCAAGGCCAGGCUGAAGGCCCUUUGUGAGCACCACCUGGACGGCAUGAUCCAGGAGCUGAAGGCUCACCGGAAGAACAAGCGCUCACUUCCCGAGGGGGCUUCCCAGCAGCCCCCGGAGCCUCAGGACCCCUUAGUCCGGCCAAUCGACGCCCUCAACUUCUUCUGCGAGCAGAAGCUGGAGGCCCUGCUGCGGAAGGAGAUCCAGGCCCACCAGGCCCCCAAUGCGGUCGUCCCCCUGCCCUGGACCUCACGGAGCCGCCCCCUCCCACGCCUCCAGGAGACUAAAGUGCUGCCCCGCAGGGUGGCCCAAAAUGGCCACUGGCUGCCCCCGCUCCCGCCGGGGCCGCUCCUGUCGGGCUUCGUCCGCGCCCUGAAGCUGCCGCUGCCACGUGUGGAGCCUCUGCCCUUCCCGCCGGGCUGGCCGCUGGCCACCCGCCCCCUGCCACCCCUUCUCCUGGAGCCAACCCUGCAGCGCUACUUCCUGCCGCACAGCACCCACCCGGACAGUUACCCCUGACCCCGGCCCUGCCACCGCGGGAUGCCCCGGGACCCCUCCCCGCUGAGGGUGGGAGCGGGGGGCUCCUGGAGAGAAUAAAC